UAAAGAUCUUGUCUAAGGUGUCGUGAUCAUUCUAAAAGUACUCGAAAGUUGAUAUCCUGCUAACAUUCGACCCUCAACAACUUGCUUAGUCUAUUCGAACUUAACACAAUGGCAACUGAAAAGAAGGUAGAGUUUCUAACGAUCGAUGGUCUCAUGCUUCGUGGGAUCCUAUUUGAGGCGCAACAAAAGGGCGGAGGAGUUGUCCUCUCUACAGGCUUCAACUGUGUUAAGGAGAUGCUAGGCCAGACACAAUUGGCUCGAGCAUUUCAAGAUGCAGGAAUCACGGCAUUGCUUUACGACCCUCGAACUACUGGCGAAAGUGACGGACAACCGAGGAAUCACAUCCAACCAUACAAGCAAGUCGAAGAUAUAUCAGAUGCCAUAACGUAUCUAGCGUCCCUGCCCAUAGUGGACCCUAAUUUCAUUGGUGUCUGGGGCAUGUCGCUCGGAGGCGCAACUACUCUAUGUGCGGCUUCGUUCGAUAGACGUGCGAAAUUCGUCAUAGCGAUUUGUCCAGCAGCUGGUUAUCAGUUCUCAGAGGAGAGGCUCCUCAAAGUACUCGAAAAAUGCUUCCAGGAUCGCGAGUCCCAAAUAAAUGGCAACGAACCGUUCAUGAUCCCUCUAGUAAACACCGAUGGUAUCAACCCGGCGGGUUGCUCCUUUGGAAAUGAGAUGGAAGUAGGCAAAGCUGCGCGGUUUGCACAGGCACACCUUGAUCUAGCCCUGGGAUGGCCCAACAAGACUACCAUUCAAAGUUACCAUCAGCUGAUGAUGUGGACACCUUGGCCCACAUGGAAGCAUCUUGAUCAGACACCUACCAUGUUCAUUGUUCCAGAGUUUGAUCGAGUAUGCCCAGUUGAAAGCCAAAAGCGGCAUUUUGAACAAUUGAAAUGUCCUAAGCGUUUGAUCUUGGCCCCAGACAGUGGUCAUUUCGAUGUUCUGACUAAUACUCGGUCUGCGGAAAUCAUAGAGGAACAGAUACGGUUUAUUAUGGAUGUUUUCCAUGAAAAGUUCAAGGAGUAG